AUGGAAAAAGUCAAAAAACCCCAAAUCUCGCCUACUAUCCGAAGACACUCAUCCAACGUGAAAACGUAUGACGCUAUUCAAUUUCGGGAUAAAUUGAGAAGAGGUGUAUCCCUAGAAAACAUUGGUCCCCAUCGUGUCUGUUUCUAUCCACAACCAACACCAUCCCAUCGCAAUACACCAAACGCAAAUCGUCCGGUUAUUUUCUCAAAGAAUCCCAUUGGCUCAGCAUCGAAAAACAUCAGCCGAAAAGUUUCCAGUUACUCAAAAAUGUCAAGUUUGGCGAGAGUUGCUUGGUCCCACUUAACUAUCACUACCCCAUCCCAAACACUCUUACCUUCUACCGACAAGGUGACCACCACCUACCAAAAGCAAUACACCGACAUGACUCCAUUCAUCAAGAAGAUCGUCAAGAACCACCCUCGUGUGCUCGUCUACUACGGUGACACCGACAUGGCAUGCAACUUCAUGAUGGGACAACAGUUCGCCGAUCAGUUGGGACUCCGUAGAACAUUGAAGAAGACUCCAUGGAAGUUCAACAGACAAAUCGCUGGAUUCAAGACACUUCCCGGAAGUUAG